AUGUUCUCUACUACUAUAAAGUUACGUCCUGAGACAGGUUCAAUCUAUCGUUUUGGCUUCAAUUUUAUUAAUAUUCCAGAUAUUGCAGAUAGGGAGGCAACGAAUGGUAAUUACUUGAUUGAUGUGAUUGGAAGAUUAUUUGGAAUUGGAGAGUUGGAGGAACCGAUUAAGGAUGGGAAAAAACAAAAACGAAUAGAAAUAAGCCUAGAAGAUGCAAAGAAAAACAAGGUGAGUUGUAAUUUAUGGGGAGCCUUUGCUGAUGAUGUACUAAACUUGAUAGAGGAGGCACUAAAAAAGCCAGUUAUUAUCAUAUUGCAGUGGUUUAAGAUUAGAGAGUUCAAUAAAAUGAGGAGGCUUACUAGCACAAUGUAUUGCUUGCGAGUUUUUGUACACUCUUCAAUUCCAGAGGUCUCCAGUUUUAUUUCUAGUCUUGAGGCUUCAGGUAAUCACUUGGAUGAAGACAUAGAGCUAUUGACUAGCCAAAAUUCUCAAUCUAUUGGUGAAUCUUUGCUCGUAAUACCAAAUAAGGUUAAGAUUGAAGAACUAUCAGAUUGUAAACAUGAGGAUGAAGUUGUGACUCUUGGCACUGUUGUCGAUAUUUAUACUGAUAGAGAUUGGUUCUACAAUGCAUGCAAGAAAUGUAAUAAGGGAGUACUCCUUGAUUGUGAUGGGUUCUAUUGCACAGAGUGCAAUAGAAAAGUCAAGACUGUUGUACCAAGGUUUAAGGUGACAUUUACUGCAGCUGAUGGUACUGGAUCUGACACAUUCAUUAUGUUUGAUCCUGUAUUUUCUAAGUUUGUAAAUUGCACUGCUGCUCACCUAAGAGAGUCUAUUCCUAAGGAAUCUGAAGAUGAGUUUGUGCUUCCAGAUUAUUUUUAUGAGUUUAUUGGGAAGGAGUUUGUGUUCAAGGUUUCCAUUAGAGACCCCGCGAAACAAGGCUUCUCGGCUGGCUACAUAGUGACCCGUCUUUGUGAAGAUUCAAAUGUAUUAAGAGCAUAUAAGGAAGGCAUAGAUGACCUUCCAAAUAGUCUACACAAUGACAGUCAUACUGAAACCACAACUGAAUGUGAUACUUCGCAUGUAGACUCAGAAGUUGGUAAUACAGGUGAAAGCACUCCUUCAAAAAGUAUUAGCUCUAAAACAUGCCCAAAGUUAAGUGAGAAAUAUGCUAAUAGUGGUGAUUUUUCCACGAAUGUGAAUAAGAUGCGUGCCCUUCCAAUUGGUGCCUCAAUAAAGGGAAAAAAUAUGUGUGACAUGACUGUCGAUAAUGAUAGUAGUGAUGAUGAACUUAUUUCAUCGGUUGUGAAGCGUGUAAAGAUAGAGAAAUGA